AUGCCUCUGUAUGCUCUACCAAAACGGGCACCCCGAGCAUUGAGGGUGCCCUUGACACGGCGCUUCGCGACUAGCCCCCGCACCGCCAGCUACGCGGACACCUUGCCGAAUCUCAAGAUUGGCGCGCAUACCAAAGUCCUCUUCCAGGGCUUCACGGGAAGACAAGCUACUGCCAAUGUCAAAGAAUCGCUGGCAUGGGGUACUAAGAUUGUAGGGGGUGUCAAGCCUGGCGUGGAAGGCGAGCAUCUAGACUUGCCCGUAUUUCCAUCAGUUAAAGCGGCUCAAAUCCAGGCAAAACCCGAUGCCUCUGCCAUUUACGUCCCGGGGAAUCAAACUGCCCAAGCCAUUGAAGAAGCCAUCGAAGCAGAGAUUCCGCUCGUUGUUGCUGUGGCAGAGCACGUUCCCAUUCACGAUAUCUUACGUAUUCACUCCAUGCUCCAAACACAAUCCAAAACCCGCUUGGUUGGUGCAAACUGCCCGGGUAUCAUCUCUGCCAUCGGAAAGUGCCGGAUUGGAUUCCAGCCAUUGCCCUGCUUUGCGCCGGGUAACAUAGGCAUCGUCGCAAAGUCGGGCACACUCAGCUACGAGACCGUGGCAUCGACUUCCCGAGCUGGACUCGGCCAGAGUCUGUGUAUCAGCAUGGGCGGAGAUGUACUGGCUGGUACUGACUUUGUAGAUGCUCUCAGCAUAUUCGAACAUGACCCUGAUACCGAAGGGAUCAUUCUAGUUGGUGAAAUCGGCGGCACGGCCGAGAUGGACGCUGCGGAAUGGAUCACGGAUUAUCGGAGGACUGCAGACCCCAAGCCCAUCAUGGCCCUUGUUGGUGGGCUGGAGGCACCGCCUGGUCGGAUCAUGGGACACGCUGGCGCUUGGGCUGCACCUGGGGAGCCAGAUGCGGAAACCAAGUAUAAAGCGCUUGAACGCGCUGGUGCUGUCAUGGUCAACCACCCAGAGAAAUUUGGGGAUGGAAUGAAAAGUCUUUUGGGUAGCCGGUCUAUUCGCCUGGGCACACGUUCUGCAUCUGGGGUCCAAUCGCCCAAGAGAGGUUUCCACACCAUGAGGCGGGUCAUAUCUGCUCCAGGACCUGCUGCCGGGCAAAAGCGCAGCCUGUACAUCAAGCAAUUCCAAGCAUUCGACAUUCUUGAGCAGAAGGGCAUCCCUGUCAGCGCGUCGGCUUCUAGCUCUGAUGUUUCAAUUUCCAUCACAGUCGACCGCACAGCGCUUUCUCCGUGCAUUGUUGCUUCUCCCAGAGCGGAUUCUGACCCGGAUCAUUCCAAGAAAUUUCCAUUCCCGUAUACCCAGGUCGAAUUUGAUGGAGCCUCCGUGAUCGCGGCUGUUGCUUCACAUUUGGCUCUUCCAACAUUAAGCCAGAAACAACUCGCCAGCUUUGUGCAAUCUCUUUGGGAAAUUUACAAAGAUAAGGAAGCUUUCGUGCUAGAAACGCAAGUUGGAGUAACACCCGCUGGCUCAUUCGAAGUCCACGGCGCACGCUUUGGGUUUGACGAUGCUGCAUUCCGCAGCUCUGGUCGCCAAGAAGACAUCCACCGUCUUCGAAAUAUCGCUGAAGAAGUACCAGAAGAAGUUGAGGCUGAAAAGGAUGGGAUUGUAUACGUCAAGUUGGAAGGGGAAGGUAGUGUUGGAACUUUAGUCAAUGGAGCUGGUCUCGCUAUGAACACGGUCGAUGCACUGACGAUUCACGGCGGCCGGUGCGCCAACUUCCUUGACACGGGUGGUAAAGCCACCUCGGAGACCGUCAAGUCAUCAUUCCGGGUAAUCUGCUCCGACCCGCGCGUGAAGGCCAUUUUUGUCAACAUCUUCGGGGGCUUGACGCGGUGUGACAUGAUUGCCGAGGGCAUUAUCUUGGCCUUCCGGGAUCUGAAGAUGAAUGUUCCUGUUGUCGUACGGCUACGCGGUACAAACGAAGAGCUUGGACAGAAAAUGAUUGCGGAAAGCGGUCUUCCAUUGCAUGCUUUUGAUGGGUUCGAGGAUGCUGCGAAAAAGGUAAUUGCAUUGGCUAAGGAUCAGUAG